GAAUCAUUGACAAGAAUAUUUAACCUUGAAAACAAAAACAAACCACCUGUCCCCGUUGAUCCGCAUGGGAAUCCUUUGAUCCCUCUGAGCUUGUUAGUUUUAGUUAGUUCACGUACGCAUACUGUAUGUAUGUACCGUGAGAAGGGCGUGAGCCGCCCUUGUAUGGUGAGCCCCAGCUCUCCCCUCCCCUCCCUUGGCGUGCCGUGCUUAUUGCUGCUCUCUGCGACUCCGAAGUGACACAACACCCAGACCCCCUUGACGUCUCACUCCAGUUCACAGCAUUUGUCCGAGAAGAAUAACGACGACCGACCGGACUCAACCGUAGGCCAAGUUCUUUCAAGAAAAGUCACCGUGUCACUGACGUGACUCUCACCUACCCUUUUUUUUUUUUAAACACCGAAGCUUGCGUGUCCCUUCAUUUUGAACCCCGACAUUCAUUCCGAUAUGGAUUUCUUAAAGCCGCCAGACAGCGUCACGGGCAAAGCGACCAAAAUGGACAAGCGCCCCGAGGACUCACUCCGAGAAAAUAAACACACUCCGACCGAUUUCGGCGACAUAUACUGCAAAGACCUUCUGCCAACCUCAGGAGGAGAAGGAAUGACGAGGGAAUUUCUGCAGGAGAUCGUCAACAUAUUGAUGAAUUACAUCUGCAAGUCCUAUCAGAGAAAUUCCAAGGUUUUGGAUUUUCACCACCCUCACCAACUCAAAGAGGGACUGGAAGGCUUUAGUCUGGACCUGCCUGAAAAACCAGACACCCUUGAGCAAAUAUUAGUGGAUUGUCGAGACACGCUGAAAUACGGGGUCAAUACAGGCCAUCCUCGCUUCUUCAAUCAACUGUUUGCCGGGCUGGAUGUGAUGGGUGUUGCUGGCGAAUGGCUGACAUCGAUCGCCAACACCAACAUGUUUACAUAUGAGGUGUCUCCCGUCUUCACCCUGAUGGAGGAAGUUCUACUCAAGAAGAUGCAUAGCAUUGUAAGAUGGUCUGAUGACGAAGGAGAUGGGAUCUUCUCACCAGGAGGCACAAUGUCCAACCUUUACAGUAUGCUGGUGGCAAGAUAUUACUUCUACCCAGAAGUGAAGACAAGAGGAAUGGGAGCUCUGCCUCACUUGGCCCUCUUCACUUCUGAACAUAGUCACUAUUCAGUCAAGAAGUCUGCCGCCGUGCUUGGACUGGGCAUCGACAACGUCUUCAUCGUGAAAUGUGAUGAAAGAGGGAAAAUGAUUCCAGAAGAGCUCGAGGCUUCCAUUCUUGCGGCUGAAGAAAAGAACAUGGUUCCAUUCUAUGUGAAUGCAACAGCAGGCACGACCUUGUAUGGAGCUUUUGAUCCUCUCCACGCCAUUGCGGACAUCUGUCAGAGACACACUCUAUGGAUGCAUGUGGACGCGUCAUGGGGCGGAGGUUUACUUUUGUCCGACCGACACAGGAUGAAGCUCCAGGGCAUUGAAAGAGCGUGGUCAGUAACGUGGAACCCUCACAAGAUGAUGGGUGUUCCCCUGCAGUGCUCAGUGAUACUGAUCAAGAAGAAAGGCCUCUUGCAAAAAUGCAACGAAUUGGGCGCGCCGUACCUUUUCCAGAAAGACAAAUGCUAUGAUGUGAGCUACGAUACCGGAGACAAGAGCAUCCAGUGUGGCAGACACGUGGAUGUCUUCAAACUCUGGCUCAUGUGGAAGGCAAAGGGCACCGAGGGCUUCGGAGCUCAGGUCAACAAGUGCUUGGGAAACGCCAAGUAUUUAUAUGAUCUGCUGCAGAGGAGGAAAGACUUUGAACUCGUCGUCAAAAACAAACCAGAGCACAGCAACGUGUGUUUCUGGUACAUUCCUCCAAGUCUGAGAGGCAUGCCACCGGGUACCGACCGAGACAAGAAACUCCAUCAGGUCUGUCCAGAUCAAGGUCGCCCCUCAGAUCAAAGGACGGCUGAUGGAAAAGGGAUCCGUUCUGAUCGGUUAUCAGCCGACGAGGACCAAGGUCAACUUCUUCCGAUGCGUGUUUGUCAACCCAGCGACGCAGCCCGAGGACAUCGAUUUCCUGCUGGAGGAGAUCGCCCUCCUGGGGCACGACUUAUGAUGGAGCGGUCGGUCUGGCUUUUGUUUGGAUGGCAAGUGCUACAGUCUGCACCGCGUUGCUGCCGAGUCCGAGUACAGCUUACGGUUGCGAUCGCGCCUCCAAACUACGCACCUGCCCCCGCUGCGGACACUGGAGCUCGCCGGCAAGAUUGUGGCCCGACGGGACGACUGGGAAAACGGAAAAUGCCGUUUCGUGCGGUGGCCUACGGCGAGCUUGCAUUCUUCAACCACUGCAAAUACUGCGCGCAUAGAGUUCGGCUUCGGUAGAUUCGACAGAAACGUUUCUUUUUAGAAGUUGUUAAUUUUUCUGAAGUGUAAAUAUCUUACACCUUUUCUGUGUGCGUUUUGCGAAAUGCAAAUACGUUUCAGCUUGUGUUUGUAAAAAAAAUGUUUCGGCUUAUGUUUGUUUUCUGAGAUGCAUUUCUGUCAAUGUAAAAAAAAGUCUUUCACAGUUUGUCGUUUUGUUUUGCUCUUCACCUGUACGGUAAUUGGUAAAACAAUGCAUUUACCAUUUUGAAAAUAAAUAAAAAUCAAAAUGCCAUCAU